AUGACGACCGACCUUCGAGUUCGGUCAAAAUCGUUUUCGAAUAUAUUCGCAUCGAAGGGAUCUGAUGAUGAUGAAGAGGAUUUGAUUCCAAGAGAGAAAGAUGAUGACACCAAGACAAGUAGAUUUGAAAAAUGGAAGAGCUCUCUAAACUUGAACUUCCGUACUAGCGAACCACAACAAGCCGAUAGACGCACUAGCCGAGGAAACUCCAUCUUUGGUCGACCACCAAAGUUGUGGGAUAAUCGACGUGCAUCGUUGACCAAUCUCAAAACACAAAUCAAAGAGAAGAUAACAGGAAGGUCGAACGAGAAUUUGGCAACAACUCGGGAUAGCCGUACAAGAAUGUCAAAACUGACGAAUGAUGAGCCGCUGUAUGAUGACAGAAUGCCACCACCAUUCUACAUCGUCGACCGUGGCGCCUGGACCUUCCCUUACCAAUGA